CUCAUGCAUGGUCACACAAUGUGACAGUCCAGACAUGGCUGGAAACGGGAGGCAGCUCCGUUUAACCGAGCCCCAUCUCCGACUCCAAGCCGCCUCCAAAAACUAACAACAACAAAGGAGAACUCCUCUUUGCGCAAGUGAACGGGGCCCGGGACAGACAGCCAGACAGACCGCGCGCCUGGGGAAGUUUGUGCAUGAGUGGGUUUGCGUGGCAGCAUUUAAAAAAGAGUUUGUCGAGCUGUCAGGGGGGCGACAGGUUGCGCGUUUGGGAUCAGGGAGACAGAGAGGGGGUCGUUGCAGCCGCGGGAGGUCCUUCACGCUCUUUCAGCGCGCUCAGAUGAUGGCACCGGUGAUGGCACAUGGAUUUGCCUUUCGUAUUUAAGUAUGACAUCUCCGGUCUAAAGGUGUCAUACAUAUUGUGAACCCCAGUCGAUGGAUUUAUUACCCUUACUACAAGAAUAUUUUACCUGUACUUUCUCCAUAGGCUAGAAAUCUUGAAGCAUGGGCGACUGGAGCUUUCUGGGGCGGCUGUUGGAGAACGCUCAGGAGCACUCAACGGUCAUCGGCAAGGUCUGGCUGACCGUCCUCUUCAUCUUCAGGAUCCUGGUGCUGGGGGCCGCGGCCGAAGAGGUCUGGGGCGAUGAGCAGUCUGACUUCACCUGCAAUACCCAACAGCCCGGUUGCGAGAACGUUUGCUAUGACGAGGCCUUCCCCAUUUCGCACAUCCGCUUCUGGGUGCUGCAGAUCAUCUUCGUGUCCACGCCGACUCUCAUCUACCUGGGGCACGUGCUGCACAUCGUCCGCAUGGAGGAGAAGCGAAAAGAGAAGGAGGAGGAGGUGCGCAAAGCAAACAAGCUCCAAGAGGAGAAAGAACUCCUUUAUAGAAACGGUGGAGAAGUUGAAGGAAGUGGAGGUGGCAAGAAGGAGAAGCCGCCAAUCAGGGACGAGCAUGGCAAAAUCCGUAUCAGAGGUGCAUUGCUGCGUACCUAUGUGUUCAACAUUAUUUUCAAGACCCUGUUUGAAGUGGGAUUCAUUUUGGGCCAGUAUUUCCUCUAUGGCUUCCAGCUGAGGCCCCUGUACAAGUGUGCACGUUGGCCCUGCCCCAACACCGUUGACUGCUUCAUAUCGAGGCCCACGGAAAAGACAAUUUUUAUUAUAUUUAUGCUUGUGGUGGCUUGCGUGUCUCUUUUGCUGAAUUUGUUAGAGAUCUAUCACCUUGGAUGGAAGAAAGUUAAACAGGGCAUGAAAAACGAGUUUGCCCCCGACCACGGGUCGAUGCGCCGCGUCGACAUCGCAGAGCCUGAGUGUUUGGCCUCGGCCUCCAGAACUGCCCCAUCCAGCCUCAGCUACCCUCCCAACUACACAGAUGUUACGGCAGGGAGCAGGGCGUUCCUGCCGGCCCUGGGGCCGGCAACCGUGCCCUCGGCAGCAGAGUUCAAGAUGGAUGACCUCCAGCAAGAGGAGUCCCUCCGUCAGCCCUCCCCCUCUUCCCACUACUACAUCAGCAACAACAACAACCACCGGCUGGCCACGCAGCAGAACUGGGCCAAUCUGGCCACCGAGCAGCAGACUCGGGAGAUGAAGGCCACCUCCCUUUCCCCAACCUCUUCCUCCGCCGGCACCGACAACGAGCCGCAGCAGCAGCAGCCCGUCGACGCUGCACUGCUCCUUCCCACCAGCAACACCACCAGUAACACCAACAUCACCAACACGACCGCCACUGCCGCCUCCAGCAGCAGCAGCCCCGGCACUGCCUCCAACGCAGGCAGCUGGGGCGGGGGGAAGAGCGAGCAUGAGGAAGGCAACGUCACCACCACCACGGUGGAGAUGCACGAGCCUCCGGUAACGGUCAACACAGACCCUCGGCGGCUCAGUCGGGCCAGCAAGAGCAGCAGCAUCAGGGCCAGGCCGAGCGACCUGGCGGUCUAAAUCUCUUCAGCCCUUUCGUGUCCCUGAACCCUCCCUGACCAACAGCCCGCUUCCCUCGACCGCACCUCCAAACACAGUGAUUUUCAGACGGAAAAAUCACAUUCAUGCAUAGGAAAAGAAAAAGAAAAAAAAAAAAACAAAAAAAAAAACAAAAAAAAAAAACAAAACAAAACAAAAAACUAAACGAAAGAAGGCAAGGGCGAGGCGACAAGAGACAGGAAAGCAGGAUGGAAAAUCAAAAAGGUUUAGGCAAAUGUGAAAUGACUUGAUCAGCAGCAGCUGUUGAUUUAGUGCAAUCGGUGAGUUGCAGAGUAGUUGUUUUUUUUUUUUGAUGGUCUUAAUUUAUGCACACAAAACGUGAUUAUGCAGUGCUAUGAAAUCAGAAGGCUCCGCUCACAGCGGUGGAUGGAGCGAAGGACAUUGUAAUGUUAUAAUUUUGCAUCAAAAUGGACUCACCAUCGUGUUUGGUUUGGAGGGGGAGAUCUCGUGGUGUUUCUCUAUUCUUUUCCUUCAUUUUGUUGAGCCUAAAGGACUUUAAUUAUUCCGAAUGAAAAUGAUCAUUUGUCAAAGCAAUGACUGAAUUUUUUUAAUCUGGAGGAAGCACAGGUAACUGGCAUUGUUGUACAGAUCAGUUAAACGAUGUGCAGCCAGAUAAUUUGCUCCUAUAUCUUGUUCAUCAUUUUUAUCUGGUUUCGCAGUGAAAUUGGCAGCGCAAACCUGCACGGCGCGUCGCACUGCGCUGCAACAGCUUUCUUCCAGCGUUUGACCUGUGACCUGGAAAGUCUUUCUGCUGCGGCGCUUCCUGAACCUUACGAAACAAACACCUGCUGUGUUUGGAAGUCAUUUAAUCAACAAACAUGACAUGUAUUGUGUUCCCUGUAGUCGCGCAUGCCAGCAUGUGUAGCCCUGCAACUCACCGAUUCACUGACCAUUCGCGCGGCGAAGUUGGCCAGCUUGGUUUUACCCAGCGCUUCCUGCAGAGACGUUAAAUACUGCGAUUGAGAUGGAAUGGAUAGGAACGGACUGAUAUUCCCGGGGUCCGCAGAAUUCAAAGACGUAGACGCAGUGUGGACGGAACAUGGGUCCACGCUGCUGGUAGAAGUCAUCCCCGCGAUGCCCAGAAUGCACCUGGGCCACUUCCAACACUCAACACACAGAGAUCCAAAACGUUCCCAUCAUACCGCGAGUUUACAAAAAAAAGGAAAAUAGGAGCAGAGUCCCUUACGCCUGCCUCUGUCAGUGUCGCCUUCAGUCAGCAUGUCUGAAAAGAAAAAUGCUCUCCACUAACUGCACAAAUGACAAGAUACUGCCUUCGAAGAAUCUUGAAAAUAUUAUGCAAAUACACGACAGCCACCAUCUGAUAUAAAAAAAGUAACGAUAUUCUCCUUGUUCAUUCAGACGAACGACCUCCCAGAGCUCUUUGGUUAGACUUGACACAGCUAAUUUUUUAUAGUUAGACUGUUGGCAUACAUUUUUGCCCUUAAACCCACAACCCCCCUUUUCAAUCAUCACACCAAAGAGCACCUCUGGGAGUUAAACGACUUUCAACGUCACACAUUUCAUGUGCUUCUUCACUGGUUUUAUUCUGAAAAGUGCUAUUUUUUAAAAACUGAAUUGAAUUUUACUCAUAAAUUGCAUAAUUGUAGUAGUCGGUUUGUGAUUGCGAAACAGCUACGAUUUAAAAAAAAAAGAAAAAAAAAAAAAAAAAAGACAAAGCGACCGGCGUUGAGAGUAUUGAAACGCCAUGGUGCAGUCGACCUUGACAGGCUUCUAUUUUGUUGUGUUCAUCUUGAUUCUUAGAGAUCUUUAGAAACCCAAACCUUUAACUGAAUCCAUCAGCAGUCACAGUCCUCUGUCUCUGUACUGUUACUGUGCUGUUUGGUUCAUUCACAACCCAGGCACUCACUUUCAAAAAGAUUUUUUUUUUUUUUUUUUUUUUUUUUUUUUUUUUACAACAACCUUAAUUCACUGUAUUAUCCUGUGAAUUCACCUCUAGGGCAGGGUUGCUGGUACGCAGUGACGCUGUGUGAAAACUCAACAAUCUGCAUUGGACAUAUUGCACUCACAGGGCGGAACAACACGAUGAAAUACAAACAUGUUUGUGCACAGUAUUGUAUAGAAACGAUACUUUUCCGGCAGUUAAUGUGCAGGUUAAUACACUGGAAUAAGAACAAUGUAAAGUGGUACCAGUUUUUUUUUUUUUUUUUUUUUUUUUUUUAGGGGGGGAGGGGUUUACAAAAUUAUGGUACUGUAUGGUGUAAGAGUAUCCGUACCCAUAUAGCUAUAAUGUUUCAGACUGUUUCUUCCUUCAGUUGCUUAAACGACAUUUAGUGCAAACAGAAACACAAAGAGGAAAACAUACACUUACACAACGCAUAGGUAAAAGCAGCCUUUCCCAAUCCAUGUUUCUUGUUCAAAAUGACAACAAAAAAAAAAACCAAAACCAAAAAAAAAAACAAAACCCCUUUGUUAUCUGCAUUUGUUUUUGAUUCCUAAAGUUUACAUUUUGGUAGUUGAUAAAGAUUUGCACAUUUAGGAAAGAAAAUUGCUGUUUUACAAUGCUAAUAUUGGUAGUCAUAGACGGAGAGAGAAAGAGAGAGAGAGAGAGAGAGAGAGAGAGAGCGAACGUGACGUCAAACUGCCAAUCACUAUGAUCCUCAAAGGAAAAAAAAUGUCUUAAAACCAAAACGCAGUGGCUCUUCACAGAAAAGGCAGUAUUAGAAAAAGAAACUGUUAAUUAUCUCAAGCUCAGAUAAUGAAGAGUUUGAAGAUUUAAAAAAAACGAAAAACCAGCAGCGAGAGAGAGAAAAAAACAGUUGGGGUAUUUUUCUGUGUCCACUCAGUAUGUUCUCACAGACCGGUCGGGACUCUGGUUAGACGUCGUAUCAGACGACUCCACUGUCGAGACAGUGUUUGCUGGGUAGCUGGCCCUUCCCCUAACCCUGCACACGAAGCCCUGACAGGAUGUUGUGUUCAAAGCCCGUCGUCCCCGUGACUCCUCCAAACUCUCUCCUCUUACGUUUCAUGCAGAGCAUGAUUUCUCUGGCUCGUCAGGGAGUAGGAACCAUCUCACAAUGCUCAGAACAGCAGCCUGUUUUCAAUGCUGUCUUAAACAAGAGAAGUGCCUUGUGUAUGAAUGAUUCUUUUGUAAGAACAAGUUGAUGUAAAUGUUCAUUUACCUCAAAUGUUUACAAAACUGUUACUAAAUAAAUUUUUUGUACCAUA